CAGACACACAAAAAAAAGAAAAAGUGCGAACCAAACCGGUAGAAGCCAUUAGGCAAUUAACGAUCAAACGACGUCGUUUAAAAGUUAAAACGGAAGGGGUUUCAGGCCAAGCUAGAGAGAGAGGGCGAAGCUGAGAGAGAGAGACAUGGCGGAUCCGUACAGUAGAUACGGUGCAGGCAUGGCAGAUAGAGAUAGAGCCAGUGUUUCAAGGCCUUCCUUUCCGGGCUAUCUCUCAUCCGAACCCCCAUCAUUGGCAUUGGCCUCCACUGACAUGCAUCCUUCUUCUUCUGAUUUCCUCAACAAAGAUAUAAAUUCCUUGCAACCUGGGGCAUAUGGCUUUGAUGCUAUUGCCGCUACUGGACCUAGCAUUAAGGGAUUCCCAUCUCCUCUAAACGAUUCUACCCAAAGACAGGACCUUACAUCCGGCAUUACCCAAACCAUUCGUGAUGUGAGUAAUGAACGACCUACCUCUUUGAGAAAUCUUGAUGGUGUCGCAGUUCCAGGUCGGGAAUCCAACGUUCUCUUUGUUGAUAAACUUCCAAAUGACUGUACCCGAAGAGAAGUAGGCCAUCUUUUCCGUCCAUUUAUUGGCUAUAAAGAUAUCAAAGUUGUUCACAAGGAACCCAGGCGUAGCGGAGAUAAGGCUAUGGUUUUGUGCUUUGUGGAGUUUGUCGACUCUAAUUGUGCUCUGACUGCCAUGGAAGCUCUUCAAGGUUACAAGUUUGAUGACAAGAAACCUGACGCCCCUGUGUUGAGGAUCCAAUUUGCACAUUUUCCAUUCAAGCUACCUGAUCAUGAUGAGCAACAAAAUGGGGUCCCACGCUGACUACAAGGGCUUCAACUUCCAUGCUGAAUUGUGUAGAUGGGUUAUUAGCGCAAUAUGUACAGCAUUUUGUUGGACUAGAAACAGUUUUAGCAAAAAGGCAUCAUUGUCAUGUGGGUGCAUGUGUGGUGGUUAGAGUUUUCAUGACCAUUUGUAAUGAUACUCCAAGUCAUAUGCGAUUGCUAUGCCAGAUAUUUGACCCAUUUUAAAAUGAAAAAUUUUGGGUACUCAAUUAUACAUUUUCUAAGGAAUUCUUUUGGA